AUGACGUCUUCGCCGCACCAUCACGAGAAGCCCACUCUGCAGCUCUUCUAUCAGGUUAUAUCAAAAACUUUUGAAGGUAUUUUGUACUUGAAAGUCUGAAAAACUAUUGAAAGGGAACGUUUCUAGACCCCGGUUGAACGUUUGAAACUUUGCUGAAGAAUACUUUAUGACCCGAUGAUGGCAGAGGAAGACAAUGAAAAAUUUAAAGACAUGUUUUUAGUGUAUGCAGGAAAUGUUGGCGUCAAGCAUAUCCUUUCAAGAGUUCACAGAUUUGUGCCAUGAUCAACUUGGUUUAAAUAUCUACUUAUUAUGGUUCUAUGUUUCUUCUCUCACAUACAAAUUUUUUUCUUCACAGGCGGGGUUAAUCCACCUCGGGGUCUCUUUCUUUCCCUGCAACAUCACCACACAGGCGAAUCGAGAGGUUACCAUGUGUCCACAAAGGUACCUCUCAAAAUGGAUCGUGAAGACGCCAUAAUAUGUCCAUCGUGAGACCUCCAGCAUACCUUUUAGCUAUAUCUGAGCCAUCUCGGAGGCACUUUAGAGUCUCUCUCAAGUCCCUCUCAUUUUGCUCAGAAACCUCAGAGGUAUCCUCGAGGUACCUUCGGGUGACUUCAGAGCCUAUAUAUCCUCAGAGGGUCUCGCGAUACCCUUUCUCGAUUCGCCUAUGCAUACCAUCCUGAUGUUGCGAAAAUGAAGUGAUUGAAUUGAAUUGAAUUAAUGGAACAAAAAAAAUUUCUCGCAUUAAAUCUGGUUUUUUUUUUCAAUACGGUUCCAUUGCUUAAAACAUACUUUCUUGUUUCGGCAUCAGGAGGUCUUAAAGUAUACAUCAGCGAAUUUUCAUCAAAGUUCAACCACGGUCUAAAAUCAUUCUCUUGUUAUAGUCUGUGUAAAACGACUUGGAAUUUCACCGAACGACAUUCCACUGUUCCGCUGCGUGCCUUUGAUUUUUCGUUUUAUUUAAGAACUCGACCAACACGUGUUCCUAGUGGAAAAUUCCAUCUAUCAGAAAUGAAAAAAAUUCAAAGCGAGACCGAGGCUCGCAAAGACGCUUUACGACGCAACGGAACAACGGAAUGUCGCUCGGUGAAAUUUCAAGUCGUGGCACAAAGACUAUAACAUAAAAAUUUAUUCUAUUUUUUGAGAUUGAACCACCUUCCCCAAAACAGCGAAAUUUCGCAACUUAGAAAAAAAGUACUGACAAAAUAGUUUAACAGCAAGAAGAGGAGUUUUACGAAGAAGACACGUCGCGGACGACGUCGCCGCAUCCUCGGUCGGACUUGGUGAUCGACAAGUCAUCCCCGGUCCCCAUAUUGUGCGGCGGCUUGGGCGGCCGACUUCAUCUGGAGCAUUUCGCCUGUCCUGGCAUCCACGAGCCUUGCAUCGAGUUUGAGGGCUGUCCAGGUACAUUCUCAAGGAAGACAAAUUCAGAAUAGUCAAAAAAUCGACUGAAAAUAUAAGUUAGUUUAGAUAGUUUGGCUUAAAAACGAAAACAUUCGAAUUCAAAAAAAAAAGAAGAUAAAAACAGCCUUGACGAAAACCUAUGAAAAACUUCAUAAAUUAAUUUCAUUAAAUUCAUCUCUAAGAAAUUUCAGGCGUUCUUAUUUCACCCAAAGAGUUCACCGUACAAGGAAGUAAGGAGAAACAGAAAGACUGGAAAGGAAGCAUUCGGAUUGGAAGGACCACGUUAAGGUGAGCAUUAUUAAAUUUUAAUCAAACGGAAAAAAAAACGAAAAAAGUAGGUCAUUGAUGUUUAAAAAAAAGCCACGUUUCUUUCCAUUUUAUAUCUUUCGAGUCAUUUUCAAGUUUUACUUUCUUCUCAACAUAGUGAGUUGUUCUUUUCCUUAGUGUUCUUUAUUCUCAUUGAAUAUAAAAACCUUCCAUAGGAAGCAUAUGGAGGCGGGUACAAUCGACUUCUUCGAGCACUCGAAACGCUGCAGCGGCAAGUGUCAGAGCCGCAACUACCUGAACGUCGACCGGGACAUGUCUUGCUCCGUCGAUGUGCCGAAGCCGUCGCCGACCAAGCUCCAUAGAGACCUGCUCUACCACAUCAACGCCUCCAACAGCGGCCUCAGCCCUGUCGACAUCGUCGACCCGCCGGAAGGGCUUGAUGGUAUCAUUCACCGGGCCUUCGAAAAUUAUAUCUAUCAAAGAGGUUUAAAAAAGAUUGGAACUAAAUAAACUAACUUCUAUCUAAAAAUAGAGUUUCUUAUUGUUGUUAAGAGACCAUCUGCGCGGCGCAGGAAAGCAAAAAACAUCAUUGAUGGUGUUUCUCAAGAAAUUUCGAUUCAACUUAUAGUCUGUUCAGAUUUUGAAUGUCAAGUAGAAUGACGUCAUUCGAAAACGCUCUGUGGGUGGCUCGUUCUCUGAUUGGUUUAUCGCGCCAUUAGGGGCCGGAGCUUCAGCGAGAACUUGACAUUUGAAAUCUGAACAAACUAUAGACUAUAGUACUUGUGCUACAAUACUUGUGCUCCACUAUAGUCUAUAGUGGAGCACAAGUAUUGUUUUCUGAAAGAUAUGCGGAAAGGGAAUGAAAUAAACGCAACCCUCCUUAUCUCCUCUUGUUUUCAUAUUUCGUCGGUAGCUCUUUUAGGAAAACCAGACGAAUUCAAGCGAGGUCGUGGACGUCCCAAAGGCUCCGGAAAAAAUCAAAAGCUGCGGGCUGCCUUCGAAAAGGUCAACAAAGAGAGGCCAGAGGGUUGUACUGACUUCGAACUCAUCCUUCAAUGCCUUCACAAUGGUUUGAUUCCCCUGUUUCAAGAGGAAAAGAGAGAACUUCAGACCCGCAGACGUUUUGGGAGCAGAUGCACAACGCCGGCGUAAUCAGCCAUUUCUGCGACGAGAUCGUCAACGGGGCUAUCGCUCUCAAGCGCUCCAUCGCAAUGGAAGGCCUCACCAUUCCGUGUAAGACCAAAAUGCUCCUAUAUCCUGCAGACUAAUUUUUGCACUUUAGUAAGCCAGAUGCUGUCUAGAGUUGUGUUCGCUUUCGAUCUUCAGGGUCUCGUCGUUCAACGUGUACAAGCUAUCGAGAUAGCCAUCGCCCAGAGUCAACAGAACCAUUUGGAGGUAUUGUACCACCGACUCUUGCAACUUUUUACGUUUUGGAUUAAGGAGCUUUCCGGAACGAUAACUCAGGAUCUGAAGACUUAUAUCAACUCAGACAUGCUUCACCAAGACAUUUCUGAAUCAGACCUGCAAGCUGCUGGAGAUGGUGAGUACUCAAUUUCUUUUUUUAGUUUCAAAGAAAAUUCAGCAAAUGGACCCAACGAAAUUCCAAACGCUCUAACGCUGAUGAGCCCUCACAUGGAACAAGAUAAUGAAAAAGACUUCGAGAAACCUUUUAGAGACGACACAAAACCUUUCUAA